AUGGCGGAGGCGCCGUCACUAAAUGACUUCUUCAAGAAGGACAAAAAGAAGAAGAUCAAGGGCUCCAACCUCAACAAUGCCAUGAACGAGAAGCCUGCGGAGGAGAAGAAGGAAACCAAGAAGAAAGCAGAGGAGGACGAUGGCUGGCAUGAGGAAGAAGUGGUUCAGGCCACCAUGAAGGUGGAAGUAGCAGGAAAGCUGGUGCGAGAAGAGGAGAAGGAGAAGGAGGAGGCGAAAAUAUCCAGAUCCCUGAAGUGA